AAAUGAUGCAUCUUAUUUUUCAGUGUUGUUAAAGGGGAAAGCCCAGAUAAUGAGACUGACAAAGGCGAAUUUGCAGAUCAGAUCAGUGAUGAAACUGAAAUGGAGGUACAAGAAGGCAGUGAUCAUGAAGAGGGUGAUGAAGAGGAAGAAGAUGAUGCAGACUUGGAUUUGGAGGAUAGUUCUGAAGACUCUGAUUCUGAACUUGAUGAAAAAGCUAAUUAUCAGGCAGAUCUUGCAAAUAUCACUUGUGAAAUUGCAAUUAAACAGAAGUUGAUUGAUGAAUUAGAAAAUAGUCAGAGAAGACUACAUACCUUAAAACAACAGUAUGAGCAGAAGUUAAUGAUGCUGCAAAGCAAAAUCCGUGACACACAACUGGAAAGGGAUCGUGUUCUGCAGAAUAUGGGUUCAAUGGAGUCGUAUACAGAGGAUAAAGCAAACAAAAUUAAAGCUGAAUAUGAGAAAAAGUUAAGUACUAUGAAUAAGGAGAUGCAGAAGUUACAGGCUGCUCAGAAGGAACAUGCUAGGUUACUGAAAAAUCAAUCGCAAUAUGAAAAACAGUUAAAGAAACUUCAACAGGAAGUUACAGAAAUGAAGAAAACUAAGGUAAAACUGAUGAAACAAAUGCGGGAAGAACAAGAAAAAGCAAGGAUGACAGAGUCCAGGCGUAAUCGUGAAAUAGCUGCACUUAAAAAGGACCAGCGAAAACAAGAGCAUCAGCUUAGACUUUUGGAGGCACAGAAAAGACAGCAAGAGUUAAUUCUUCGCCGGAAAACUGAAGAGGUGACAGCAUUACGUCGUCAGGCAAGACCUAUAUCUGGAAAAGUGAACCGCAAGCUCAGUUUACCAGAGCCUGUUCAGGAAUCUUCACCGAGCACAAUGAGAGUGUCUUCAGGAAGAAUGCAAGGAUCAGGAUCAACAACAGUCACCAAUGGAACCAGGAAAUAUCACCAAAGGAAAUUUGUAAGUGUUUAUUCAUCAAAGGCAGCAAGGCUAAAAUGGCAGUCUCUAGAACGUAGGAUUACAGAUAUCAUCAUGCAGAGAAUGACAAUAGCAAACAUGGAAGCAGAUAUGAACCGUCUUUUGAAGCAACGUGAGGAGUUAACCAAAAGAAAAGAAAAGAUGUCAAAGAAGAGAGAUAAAAUUCUAACAGAUGGCAGUGAAGUGGAUAAGACACUUCUGUCUCUUAAUGAAGAAAUAGAGUCAUUGACUGCAAAUAUAGAUUACAUAAAUGACAGUAUUUCUGACUGCCAGGCUAACAUUAUGCAAAUGGAAGAAGCAAAGGUAAAAUAUUAAAUGUAAUUUCUUUAU